AAUCCACAGUUCAUUUAGGUUUCGCCAAAGCUACAGCGAUGAGAUGACGAGAAGUGGGCAGAAUUACAGGACCAUGUCGUUAAGUUGCAGUAGUCGUUGUGGCGAAGCGCGCAUCUCUAUGGACUACCGCUGCUCGCCGUCGCCGUCGCCGCUCCGUAGUGUUAUUCCGCCGUCGCCGUCGCAGGUGUGUUGAUGAUUGCUCAAUUUCUUCCGAAGAGGAGCUUUUGGAAGUUUGGCGAUUUGGGGAUUUUUCUAGGGUUUUGUUUAAUUGGGGAUUUGUUUGAGUGUGGAUAUGGAUCCUUGCCCUUACGUGAGAUUGACGGUGGGGAAUUUGGGACUGAAGACGCCGGUGGCGGCGAAGCCGGUGCGCUCCGCCGUGCAUCCUUCGUCGUCGCCGUUUUUCUGCAAAAUAAAGGUGAAGAACUUCUCGAUUCAGAGUGCGGUGGUGCCGUACAUUGCGUCGGAGAAUGGUCAGUUUCCGGAGGGGAAUUCUCCGACUGCGGCGACUUUCCAUCUCAGUAAAUCUGAUUUGGACCGACUGAAGGGGAAGUCGUCGCUGUGCUCCACGUCGACGCCGCCGCAUAUGACGAUCUCGGUAUUUUCCGGCCGCCGUGGUACCACGUGUGGGCUCAACUCAGGGCGGCUGUUGGGGGAAGUCUCUGUGCCGUUAGAUCUGGAGGCGGCAGAAUCAAGGGCUGUGAUUUUUCACAGCGGAUGGAUUAAUCUAGGGAAGGAAACGAAACGUGGUGCGCAAUUUCACUUGAACGUCAAAGCCGAACCCGAUCCGAGAUUCGUUUUCCAGUUCGAUGGAGCUCCGGAAUGCAGCCCGCAGAUCUUCCUUGUCCGCGGAAACGUCCGGCAGCCGGUCUUCACCUGCAAGUUCAGCUUCCGGACAGCUGCCGACCGAAGCCAGCGCUCGCGCUCUUUGCCGCCGGAGCCGCGCUGCGGCGGAAGAGUUUGGCUAAGUUCGUUCGGGAGCGACAGGGAAAGGUCCGUCAAGGAAAGAAAAGGAUGGUCCAUUACAAUCCACGAUCUGUCAGGAUCUCCGGUGGCUGCAGCUUCAAUGGUGACGCCGUUCGUCGCGUCUCCCGGUUCGGACCGUGUCAGCCGGUCCAACCCGGGUUGCUGGCUCAUCCUCCGCCCCGGCGACGGGACCUGGAAGCCCUGGGGCCGCCUCGAGGCCUGGCGGGAGCGCGGCCCCGCCGACGGCCUCGGCUACAGAUUCGAACUCAUCCCCGACUCCGCCGCCUCCGCCGCCGCCGGCGGGAUUGUUCUAACCGAGUCGACAAUUAGCUGCAGCCGGGGAGGAAAAUUCGUCAUAGAUUUAAAGAACAGCUCCGGCAACAACGGCAAUGGAAGUACGAGGAGUGCGUCGUCGUCGGCGCCGUCGCCGAUCUGCAGCCCGGGGAGCAGCGGCGAUUUCGGGUACUUAUUAUGGCCGUACUGCGCGCCGCGAGGGUUCGUGAUGUCGGCCGUCAUCGCCGGCGAGAAGAGCAAGUCGCACCCGACGGUGGAGGUGAGCGUGCAGCAAGUGAACUGCACGGAGGACGCCGCCGUACACGUGGCACUGUCGGCGGCGCUGGAUUUAAGCAUGGAUGCGUGCAGGCUUUUCUCCCAAAAGCUUCGCAAGGAACUGUGCCCGCCGCCGCCGCACGAUUCUCCGUUCUAAUUAACCCUAAUUAACCAACACCUCGUUUUUAUGCCAUUGUGUUUUUGCGAGCGGUGGCUGUAGUUAGCUGUAGGAUCAGAUCGGAACUAACGAGGAGGAAUUAGGGUUGUGUACAGAUUGAGGGAAAUCAGGGAAGGGUCGCCGGCGGCGGCUACUUUUUUUUUCCGGCAGGUGUGAGGCUUUGGGAGGGUGACUGUUUUGUUCUGAAAACGUUACUUCACUUAUGCGACUUUGGUUUUUUUCUUUUUUUUUUCUUAA